UAACAAACAUAUUCAAUAUAUCGUUUCUUUAUAGCGGACAUAUUUAACAAUGAUUUAUGGCAAAAAUAUAAUAGUUAAUUGGCGAAGUAUGUUGUGCCGAUAUAACCAGCUCAUUUAGUGUUUGAUUCAAAAUCACCAUUUGGAAUUUCGGAAUUUCGCAAAUGGAUGGAUUUACAGGUGUGGAUUUCAAGAAAGGGCUCUCGCGAUUUGUGCAGACGCUGCUCGAUUCCUCGUCGAAGUUAGUAGAAGUGGAACCAGUUUUUGAACCAAAACCAGCUCCCGAUGUAGGUCAGUUUACGUUAGAAGACGUCAGCUUUCACUCCGAUGCGUCAUCAUGUUGGAUUGUGAUUGCCGAUAAAGUAUAUGACGUCACGGACUUUUUGCAUACGCAUCCAGGAGGCGAGGAAAUAAUUCUGGAGAACGCAGGAUCGGACGCGACCAUUUCAUUCCAGUCAAAGGGCCACUCCGCGUCUGCGGUCGACACGAUGGCGAAAUACUGCAUAGGCGAGUUGGUUCAGGCAAGUACGCGUGCAAUAAAUCAUAAUGGAAACGGCUUAUUGGUUCUAUGCGGGCUUUCACGCCAAUGACGAGUUAGUUAAAGUAAAAACGCGUUCUUUAUCGACCAUGGCGAGUUGGUGCAGGCAAGUAAUCGGUUAAAAUGUCGACUUGGUUAUGGAAAGUAAGCGUGUUAUUAUGUCACAGGCGAGUUGGUUAAUGCACAUAUGCGUGCUAUUAUGUCAUCGAUUAUGUGGUUAAGCUAGUUUGAGUUCUAUAACGGCACUGGCUAGUUAGUUCAAGCAAGUAUACAUUCUGUACUGAGACUGUCGAGUUUGU